AAACUCAUAACACUUACUAGAAAACAAAAAGAAAGAAACAAAGAAAAAUUUAAAGAAAAGUUAAGAGAGAAAAAAAUGGCAGGAAUAAUUCACAAGAUUGAAGAGAAGCUUCACAUGGGAGGAGGAGGAGGAGAGCAUAAGAAAGAAGAAGAACAACAUAAGAAGGUGGAGGAGCACAAGAAGGAAGAAGAGAAGAAGCACCAUGAAGGAAGUGGAGGAGGUAUAGUGGAGAAGAUAAAGGAUAAGAUUCAUGGAGGAGAUGAAGAACAUGGAGAGAAGAAGGAGAAGAAAGAGAAGAAGAAGAAGGAGAAGAAGAAGAAGGAAGGUGACCAUCAUGGCCAUAAGAGCAGCAGUGACAGUGAUAGUGAUUAAAACUACUAGCUAAGAAUCUAUUAAGAGUACCAUUAAUUCCCACUGCAUGCUAGCUUUGAUCAAUCUAUAUAUGUAUUAUUAAUAAUAAGAUGGUACUGUUAUUAAUUAGUGGGAAUGGUAUCUUGUGAUGGUUAAUUUAGUGCUUGUUUUGAUGAUCUAUAUAUGUGACUUUGUGUUUGCAAUAAUAAUAAACUUAUCACUAUUUAUAA